AUGUCAUCUACAUACCUUCUAUGGAUCGCUGGCAAAAAGGGACCUGGAGGAGAGACUCCGUGUCACGCGGCGUCCAAGGAAGAUGUCGAUCGAGCAGUACGUGCCGCCCACGAGACCUUCAAAGCGGGGAUAUGGUCCCGAGCUAGUCGACAUCACCGGGCAGAUGUCCUGGACAAAUGCGCGGACCUGCUUUCAGCGUCCUUGCCAGACCUCAUCGCAUUGGAGGUAAAACAGACCGGCCGCGCCAUUCGGGAAAUGAAAGCUCAGGUCCCAUCGCUUGUCAAAUGGUUCAAAUACUACGCCUCGCUCCUCCGUGUCGAAGAACGACCAGUACUUCCGACGACUGGCAAGCUACACAACUUUAUUGAUCGAGUGCCGCUAGGCGUGGUUAUUCAGAUCACCCCGUUCAACCAUCCCCUGCUUAUCGCCGUCAAGAAACUCGCGCCGGCCCUCGCAGCCGGCAACAGCGUGAUCCUCAAGCCAAGUGAGCUAACUCCACUCACUUCUCUUCUCCUUGGAAGUAUCCUCCAUGAAGCCGGGGUUCCCGCUGGAGUAUUUAGCGUUCUGCCGGGCUAUGGUGCAAUUACUGGUAAACAUCUCGUGUCACACCCCCUUGUCAGGAAAGUGGAUGUCACGGGCGGAACUGUGGCUGGAAGAGCCAUCGGAUCAAUUGUAGGCGCAAAUCUUUCAAAGUAUACUGCUGAAUUAGGCGGCAAGGCCCCACUGGUGGUUUUUGAAAGAGCUGAUUUGGAUGUCGCCGUGAAUGGCAUUGUAUUUGGGAGCUACAUUGCAAGCGGGCAGACGUGCAUUGCCAGCACAAGGAUAAUAGUGGAGAACAGCGUCAAGGACGAGCUUCUGCGAAAGCUCAAAGCCAAAGUCGAAGGGAUCACUGAGCGUAUGGGUGCACCCACGAACCCAGAUUCUAGUAUGGGCCCCUUGAUCUCAGAGAAACAAUUACAAAACGUGGAGCGGUUAGUCAGUGACGCUGUCCAGAGUGGCAAUGCGGACGUUCUUGUUGGUGGGACGAGAAUGCACGGUCUGAGCUCUUUGGAUGGAACCGACUUCGAUCGUGGCUACUACUUCGCACCGAGCCCAUCUGGCGCGAAGAGGCCUUCGGGCCUGUCAUUGUGGUCAUUGGCUUCGAUAGUGAGCGCCAGGCUAUCGAACUCGCCAAUGACACCCCAUUUCGGGCUGGGUGCGGGAAUAUGGACAAACGAUCUCUCCCAAGCAUUCCGCGUAUCUGAUCAAAUCGAUGCAGGGAUAGUCUGGGUCAACACUCAUCAUCGCAAUGAUCCUAGUAGCCCCUGGGGUGGUGCUAAGAGUGCCAGUGGGGUUGGUAGUGAAAACGGAAUCGAUGCAUACCAUGCAUACACUACCACAAAGAGCACGAUCAUCAAUUACGCCUCCCCGAGGAGUCAUUGGCAUCGGAUGAUUGGUUUGGUCAUGCAUCGGACAAAGUCCGAUAUGGUUGAUCAACUGGACAGAAUCACUUGCAGGUACUAUACUCUGCUCCUAGCCCCUGUGAGUAUUCUCAGUUGA